AAUAUAUAUUAAAUGUUUCUAAAAAUGUUUGAAUAAAUCUACAUUAAAGUAUGCUUGUACUGCGCAGCUGCAAGAAGAAUUCGUAAAGUCAAAACAUAAAUGACAUUUACUGUGACACAAACAAAUAAACAAAUCAAGUAAAUGAGUCACUUUAAGUAGUUUUAUUAAUUUAACAGUUUGUUUUAAAGAUCAUAUUACAAAAAAAAAAUAAAAAAAUAGAAAUGGGUUUAUUUGGUAAAACACCAACAAAAGAUCCAAAGGAGCAAGUACAAGAAUGGACGCAUAAAAUACGCAAAGAAGGCAAUCAGUUGGACCGCCAAAUACGCAGCAUACAACGCGAGGAAGAGAAAGUAAAACGUUCGCUAAAGCAAGCUGCGUCCAAAAAUGACCGGGACACUUGCAUCAUUUUGGCAAAAGAAAUUGUUGGGGCACGUAAGGCUAUUAAUCGUAUAUACACGUCAAAAGCACAUCUUAACUCAGUACAAUUACAAAUGAAAAAUCAGUUGUCGACUUUACGAGUUGCUGGUUCAUUGCAAAAAUCUACAGAAGUGAUGCAGGCUAUGCAAAGUUUAGUACGUUAUCCUGAAUUGGCUGGCAUAAUGCGUGAUAUGUCGAAAGAAAUGAUGAAAGCGGGUAUUAUUGAAGAAAUGCUCGAUGAAACAAUGGAUUCACUUGAGGACUCAGAAGAAAUGGAAGAGGAAGCUGCUAAGGAAGUCGAUAACGUACUUUGGGAAAUAACUAAUGGUAAACUGGGAGAAGCACCGCUACCGCCGGAAGGUAUUGCAGCAGAAAAGCAAGAAACACCCGCCGCUACAGUACGACAUGAAGCUGAAGAAGAGGAGGAAGAGGAAUUGGAGGAAAUGCAAACACGUUUAGCUUCUUUACGUUCUUAGAUUUAAAAAAUACCAAAUUGUGCGUUAAAAAUCUUAAAAUUUAAUACAAUUGCU